CUUGACGCGAGACGAGGAAGUAGCCGAACAGAACUGCAAAAUGAGCUUCUGUUUUAGAAACGACAUGAGACUGGGUGUUGGGAGAAAGAGCCGUAUUUCUUCCAAACUGGCUUUUUCAGUACUUGUCUAGACAAAAUAAGUGAUUCACUGCAAGGCCCCGAUCAGUGCUCGCUCUAGAACACCAACUAAGAUGACACAAACAGGAACCGGAAGUCACAGAAGCAAAGGUUUUGGAAUACAGCAUUACUGCAGCGCCUAGUGAUUUUCACCACGGCAUGGGUUUUGGUCAGCUGGCAACUAUCAGGGCACGCAGAAAAAGACCUUUGCUGUUGAGUGGUCCACUAUUGUGAGCUUCAUGUCUUGGUUUCCUAUGCUUACUUUCCUGAGUAUGUUUUACUAUAUCUGCGUUCGACGCCGGGCACGAUUAGCUAACAGAGGGGAAAUGCUUAACAGCCGUCGAGCUAUUGAGUCAAACAGCCGAGCUUUGCCAAUGUCGACUAAAGCUGUGCAGUACGCCAAAGAAGUUCUGGAUUUCAGCUCCCACUAUGGGAGUGAAAACAGCAUGUCUUAUACCAUUUGGAAUUUAGCGGGUUCCCCUAAUGUAUAUCCAAGUUCAGGGGAUUUUACCCAGACUGCUGUGUUUCGGACUUACGGAAACUGGUGGCGUCAUUGCUCCAGCACUCCAGCACCAUUUAAGAGAACCUCGGCAAACUUCUUCAGUCAGGAUUAUGUGGAGCUUGUUUUUGAAGAACCCGUUUAUCCCACAGCAGUUCACAUCCUGGAAACCUACCAUCCUGGAUCAGUGGUGAAGAUACUCGCAUGUUCUGCCAACCCAUACUCACAAAGUGCUCCUGCAGAGAUUAGAUGGGAAACUAUUUGGUCUGGAGAACCUACACGGGUCAAUUGUCCUCAGUCUCGCCAAUUCUCACCUUGCUUGAAAGAGAUUAGCUUCCCAACAAAUCUCCUUCGCCUCGAAACAAACAGUUCCCUUUUGGAUUAUUAUACUGAACUGGAUGCAGUGGAACUACAUGGGGUGAAAGAAAGGCCAGUGCCCCCCUUGAAAACGGCUGCCAUUGACAUGAGUGAUCUGGACGAUGAUUAUGAUGAUAAAGACAAUAGUGAACUGGAUAGCCUUACAGAUCAGCUGAGUAACUGUGGCAUCAGGGAAUGGACAAAUAAUGGCUAUUUUGACAAACUGCCUUAUGAGCUUAUUCAGUUUAUCAUAAGCCAUCUAGCACUUCCAGACCUCUGUCGCCUAGCACAAACCUGCAAGCUCAUGUAUCAGCAUUGCUGUGACCCAUUGCAGUACACUCAUCUAAGUUUACAACCUUACUGGACAAAUGUGAAUGACAGCUCACUGGACUACUUGCUACCACGCUGCAGCCUUGUUCAGUGGCUUAACCUAUCCUGGACUGGAAACAGGGGCUUUAUCUCUACCUCAGGAUUCAGCAGACUCUUAAAAGUGUGUGGUAGUGAAUUAGUCCGACUGGAAUUGGCCUGUGGCCAUUUCUUAAAUGAAGCCUGCCUAGAGGUCAUUGCAGAGAUGUGUCCAAACCUUCAGGAAUUAAAUCUCUCUUCUUGCGAUAAACUACCACCUCAGGCUUUCAGCCAUAUUUGUAAACUCAGUGGAUUAAAACGCCUUGUUCUAUAUCGUACAAAAAUAGAGCAAACAGCUCUGCUUAGCAUUCUGAACUUCUGCCCAGAAAUUCAGCAUCUCAGUCUCGGCAGCUGUGUUCUGAUUGAGGACUAUGACCUUAUAGCUAGUGUUUUGGGAGCCAAGUGCAAAAAACUACGCUCUUUAGAUUUGUGGAGAUCUAAAAACAUUACAGAAAGGGGAAUAGCGGAAUUGGCAUCUGGAUGUGUGCUUCUGGAAGAGCUUGACCUUGGAUGGUGCCCUACGCUACAGAGCAGCACUGGCUGUUUUGUGAAUGUCGCCAGUAAACUUCCAAACCUUCGUAAGCUUUUCCUCACAGCUAACAGGUCCAUAUGUGACUCGGACAUUGAAGAAUUGGCCAGAAACUGCCAGCAUCUUCAACAGCUAGAUAUUUUAGGUACCAGAAUGGUAAGUCCUACAGCUUUGCACAAAUUAUUGGAGUGUUGCAAAGAGCUGGUCUUGCUGGAUGUUUCCUUUUGCUCCCAAAUCGACAGUCGAGUUGUGCAGGAAUUAACCACAAGGUUUCCGAGUGUGUCCAUCAAGAAGAGUUUCACCCAGUAAAUCAAAAAGUUGCUUGGACUUGACCAGAGCCUUUUCUCACUGACAUUUGGGAAAUUUGUACUCCCGGCAAAAGGAAACGACUACGUAACAGUGUAGUUCUUCCGUCUGUGAUUACGUGCUCAGUGAAUGCAUAGCUAAAGCAUUUUCAAUAUUUCACCGAGAUUAGUUACAUGAUUUUUUGCAGCACUCUUCUUUUUUACUUAUUUAUUAUUGCACAGUUGAAAAUAAGUACUCAGAGGUUCUUAAACUAUGUAGCCAGCUACCCUAGGGGUCCUCAUAUGUUUUUUUAGGGGGCCUUAGGCAGCUGCUGAAAUUUAGCGUGAAAGUGAAUUUGUUUCCCUGGAUAUCUCCUGAAAUCAUAGAGUAUCGGCUAUUACAAUGUUUCCCUACUACAAUGUUUCUCUUUAUAAUUUAAGCCAUGUUAGGAGAUCGCAAUCCAGAUGAAACCUGGGAUGGAGGCUCUUUUGAAGCCUUGGACUGGCCUGGCACUGUAGCAGCAGGACUGUAAUGAUGAUCUUUUAGAUACAGGUAUGGGACCUAUUAUCAAGAAUGCUCGGGACCUGGGACUUUCCAGAUAACGGGUCUUUCUGUAA